GCCCUCAGUUAAGAUGGCCGCAGCUGCCUUGCUUUGCUCUUUUCUGGCCCCAGCAAAUACCGGUUCAACAACUUCCUUUUAAACCUCGCUUUUUCCAUAACAAAGAUGGAGCCGACGCUUCCGGUUCCGGGCUCUUGCGGUCAGGGCGCCCUAUGGACUCCCAGGCAGCCACGCCCAGCAGCCUGUCCGAAGAGAGCUGUACCUUGGAUCUACCUAUGGUGUGUGACUCCACGGAUUGUGAAGCAUCCCAGGGAGCCAGCCAGGGAAGCGACAGCACCUCUCUGAGUUCUCUGGAACCCCAUCCUUUCCCUUCUUCUUCGACUGCCGAUUCAGAUAGCAAUUCUCUAACUACUGAGCAAAAAGGCUCCUGGGACUCUGAGAACUUCUGGCUUGAUCCUUCUUCGAAAGGCCAGGUGGAGACCAACGAAGAGGAGGAUGGACUUCGGAAAUCCCUGGAUAGAUUCUAUGAAGCAUUUGCCCAACCACUGCCAGGCUCUGGGGAUCCGCUCUCUGCACCCGUGUGUCAGUGCCUGUCUCAGACCAUCUCUGAGCUCGAGGGCCAGGAGAGCCAAAAGUAUGCUCUCCGCAGUUUCCAGAUGGCCCGAGUCAUCUUCAGCCGGGAUGGCUGCUCUACCUUACAGCGGCAUUCCAGGGAAACCCGCUUCUACCCGCUAGAGCAAGAAGGCAGCUCUGUGGAUGAUGAAGAGCCCACCCCAGGACUGUCAAGAGAGGUCGUUCGUUUUCUCUUGGAACAGACCAUAAUGAAAGACUCAUAGCUGGUGCUGAUGUUGUGAAAGUGCUGUCACCUGCUCCCCAGAGUCCAUGGAUGUGCGUAGCACAUCUUUCUGUUUCCAGCCAUUAGCUAUAAGCUUUGCAGGGAGAAGCUAGCAUCAGCAACCUGAUGAUGGAGCCAGUAAGCACCUUGGUGUGCUACCUCCUACUCACCUUGGCCAAGGCUGCUACUGAUUCAACUAGGGUUGAGUCCUAGCCGGGCUUCUUGCCUUAGUCAGUGCUCUUGAGUGUCGUCCUGGUGACCUGGCCAGAGCUGGGACUUUGGCAGGAAAUCAACUUCCCUGAUUGGGUUCAUCCCUUCCCCCACUCACCUACUGGUAUCCCUAGGGCCUUUUCUUUUCUUUUCU